GCAGUGAUGUUCCAGGCUCAUGGCCCUGGUCUUUCCCACUGGAUGUCAGUCAGCGGAGCAGCGCAGUGCUAACCUCCGGACGUCUGCUCAGCCCCACAGCCGCCUGGCCCAGGAGAUGUCAGUCAGCACCUGCUGACCUGCCCCGGUGGAAUCAGCAGUGCACCCAUCCUCUUUGGAGAUGUCAGGUCAGGGACCAGCCAGCAAGAGGACCCCGGUUGAGACAGAGCACACACCAAGACUGCUAGACACUGAUCACACUCCACCAAUGAAAUUCAGAGACAGGCAGCGGUUCUUUGAAGACGUCUUCCAGCCUGAUGCAGAUUUCUACCUCACUGCUGCACACCUGCAAAUUGAGCACCAGAGGCCACCAAUCGGGAGUGUCUCCUCCAUGGAGGUCAAUGUGGACAUGCUGGAGCAAGUGGAUCUCAUGGAUAUGUCUGAUCAGGAGGCACUCGAUGUGUUCCUCAACUCCAGCAUGGAUGGCUGUGAGACACCGACACUCCCAGAUGAACAGUUUUACAAUAAUGAGAUCACCAUCAAAGUUCCAAAUUCUGCUGAAACAAAAUCUCGGAUGUCAUCCACUUCCUCUAACUCCACAGAUCCCAACAGCCUGGAGUUCAGUAACGGUGAUGAGACUCCAACUGUCCAGUCUGAUGACGAGGAUGUCCAAGUGGACACUGCACUACUUACACCAAACAAAGACAAGGACACUGAGCCACAAGCUGGAAAUGAGAGCUAACACUGUGUCUGACAUCACAUACAGAAUAGCUCUUAUCAAUGAAAUGUCUUUCUACUGUAAAGAGGGGGCUGCAAAGUUAGCAGCAACAGGGAUAUUCCUGUAUUUUCCAGAUUACUGAUUCACCGAAUAAUAGAUGUUUAAGUCUCACACAUACACUCCUGGUUACCCAUAUUCCCAAUUUCACACAGCCUUCCAGUUAGACGCUCCUGGUCGCACACACCCCAGCCACAUAUUCCAGUUAUGCAUGAAUUCAAUGAAGCACAGUCAAAUUAAACAUACAUGCAGAUCUAACAUAGACCGUUCCUUCAAAGGUUCAAGUGUUGACAACUCACACACAUAGCCAAGAUCACGAUUGCAGUAAAAACAGAGAGACACAGAUGGACACAGUGGAACAAUGGACGUUGGAUAAAUGACACUUAAUGCCAAUGAUGACACCAAAAACAGAUAGCAUGAGGCAGGCUAACCAACAGUCGCUAAAGCAACAGCCACUGUCAACUUUCUAAUAGAGAUGACUGAAUGAAUCCUUUAGCACCAAACACAGAUGUCAGAAUAUGUGACCUUAGCUUAAGGAACUGACAGCAUGUUGGAUCACAGUGAACUGCCUUUCAAUAAAUCCACCAUAAAGACAAUGUCAGAUUGUAAAGAAGCCACACUGGAGAUUUAUUUCUUAAUAAAGUUAUGAUGGCCAA